GGGGCUGUGUCGUCAUCACCCCUCAGUGGCGGGGCUGAGAAGUGUGACCCGGUCUGACAAAGCGGUGCAGGGAAACUCAAGGGGGUGUGCUUGUUCCCUGGUCCCUCUGGUUUAGUGGCGAUGCCUCCCUUGCCUGGGGCUGAGAUGGUGCGGACCCCUCUGCAGCUCUAUCGUUACCUGCUCCGGUGCUGCAGACAGCUUCCAUCAGCAAGCAUGCAGCAGCAUUACAAGCAUGCAGCGAGACAGAGUUACAAUGCUCAUGGAGACGAAGACGAUCCUCAGAGAAUUCAGCAAAUCAUUAAACGGGCCAUUGAGGAUGCUGACUGGAUAAUGGACAAGUAUAAGAAAAAAUAGCCGACCGAAGACCCUGAAAAGAGAUGAGGAAUCUGUCAAACUGUUCAGCAUGGGGAGCUGUAGCUUUACAGCGAGGGAGCUGUGAGGACCUGCGUAUCCAAACAGGGUUUCACUGUGGAAGAAGGCUGAAGGCGCUGGACAUGCCCUGUCCUGUUGCUGCACACUCAGGGACGUUGCGUCUCCUUGGACGAUCCAAAGAUCCCUCCAGCCCUCCAUCACGAAUCAUCUGUAGUCAAUACAGAGUACUGGUUAAUGUCGCUGUAACUAAUGUGCUCUGUUUUUAGUCUGUACAAAACUAUGUGCUGAUCCGUGGGUUAUUGCAUGUAUUGUGAUUAGAUUUCUGCUUUUAAAAGUGCUCUGAUUCACUCAUAUAAAAAAGGCGCAGUGACACCCCAAUCCGAGCUGUGGACCUGCUUAUCCGUUGUAUUGAAGGCACAAGGUUUGAGGUUAUGUCAAUCCAACACCCUGAUAUUUGGUGUGGCUCUUACACAGCUGACUGGCAUUAUCAGUGUUUGAGCCUCUUGUUUUCUUUGGGAAAUGUGUAGGGAAUAAACUAUGCCUUGCUGUUGGAUUCCUGCCUGGCUAGUGAGACAUUGAAUCAUUCGCCCAAUGACUAAAGCCUUGCUUAUAGUUUUCAAACAUGAGCCAAAGCUGGUUUAUUGGCUGCUUCUCAAACCCUGAUGAAGUUUUCUCAAAAACAUGAUAUUGUCUACUGUAACACACAGCAUAUCACAGAGCAACGUACACCAGUUUGUAUUGUUGACUUCUCCGCCUAGAGAUUUUGAUGCUUGAAAGCAUGCCAGCUAAUAAAGGAUGUUCUGAACAGUGGAUCAUAUUGUCUGAAGAACAGUGUUGCAUACUCCCCUUCCAGGGUGUUCUGUGGCUCAGUAAACAUCUUUGCAUUAGCAAGACCAACUAGACUGGGUUUCUUUAGGUACUGCUUAAAAACAAGAACUGUAUUCAGUAGAAUACUGAACUCUACUAUACUUCACAUCAAUAACAGGUGGCGAAUGCUCAGGCUUAAAAAGUCAGUUGGUCGACACACUGAAUGAGAAGAAGAAUAUGCCCCCUUCUUGCCUUCAUCAGCAUUGUCUACUUGUCUGAGGUCAUGCAAGUCAUGUACCGCACGGUAUAUUUUUUUGUUCACAGUUCUGUUAUUUUCGUGGGUUUCUUAAUGCGUUGGAUUUCAAGCACCAGUUUCCCAGUUCAGUUCUUUUCCGUUGACCCAAGCUGUCAUUCUGUGCUUGCAGGCGUUUCUGACUUUGCUUAAUAUCCUGUGCUUGCAUUUCUUCAGUAAAUAUGAAUCUGGCGUGGAAGCAAAGUGCUUCUGCUAACUGCAGCCUCUUCCUGUAAACGCUGGCAUACCAGUCACUGUGUUUUGCUUUUGUGAUGCCAUUAUAGUUACAAUGACACUACAAGGCAACACAAACAACUGCACAUAUGAACAUUUUUAGGUUGGGCAGGGUGUCCUCAGCUCACUGCGCACCAGCGCUCCCUGU